AUGAGAUUCUUUACUAUAUCUCUCGCUCUCUUUUCCCUUCUUCGUCUGUCUGUUGGACAGCCUAAACAUGGUCAUCACCGCUUCCAACACCGAAACAAUCGCGCCUUUCAUGCGAAGAGGGACAGAAUCACUAUCAGCGAUGCCUCCUAUCCUGAUCCUACCGAGUUUCCCGAGGUUGUUGUUUAUGUUGACCAGUAUGGAAACCCUAUACGCACCGCUACGGAGACCGUCGUCUACGUCCCGAAGGAAACGCCACCAUCUCCACCACCACCGCCAAAUUCAACGCCUCCGGUGGUAGAAUCUUCUCCAAUUUCGUCAUCCCCUACACCGUCGGCUGUCGAGUUUACUCCAGAGCCGAGCUCUAAGCAGCAGCCCAGCUUGGUGACUCCGGCAGAAACGCCUGACUCCAGCCCACUGCCUGAUUCAGCUGAAUCGGAUACAUCCUCUCCCGGUAGUGGUCUUCAUGGGGUGACAUAUUCCCCCUACAAGGGUGAUGGGAACUGCAAAACUGCAGAUGAAGUUGACAGAGACUUCUCUCUCUUCUCUCAGGAUUAUGGAGUAGUCCGUCUAUAUGGUGUCGACUGUGAUCAAGUUUCCACAGUUUCUAAAGCGGCUAAGAAGUAUGGAAACAAGCUCUUUUUGGGUAUUUUUGAUAUUGACACAGUCGACUCAGCCGUGGCUACCAUGGCGGCUGAUCUUGAGAAUGACUGGAGCAUGGUGGACACUGUAUCGGUCGGCAAUGAACUGGUGAACAAUGGUCGCGCGACCGUAGAUCAGUCACUCACUGCGCUUAAUAGAGCGCGCUCUUGUCUGCGAACAGCUGGAUACACCGGUCCCGUUGUCGUGGUAGACACAUUUGUGGCAGUUCUUCGCCACCCAGAGCUGUGUGACCAAUCUGAUUACUGCGCGUUCAAUUGUCACCCCUUCUUUGAUCCGAACACGGGAGCGCCCGAUGCCGGCACAUUCGUGGAUUCUACAAUAAAGAACAUCCGAAGCAAACUAUCCGAUCCCACCAAGCGCGUCGUGGUCACCGAGACCGGGUGGCCUUGGCAAGGCCAACCUAAUGGCGCUGCUAUUCCCGGCUUGGAUCAUCAAUCCAACGCCAUCUCCUCAGUCAAGAGCGCAUUCAGCAGCAACCCUGCUGAUGUUUUCCUAUUUACUGCCUUCAAUGAUCUGUGGAAGAAACCCGAUGCAAGCACGUUCAUGGCAGAGCAAUUCUGGGGCAUGGGAGGACGAUACUCGCCUAGUGAUCAGUAG